ACACGACCCGAUAAAGUUUAUCAGACAAAGGACACGGAUAUAGCCGUAGAUAAACCCUAUAGCAUUUGAAACAGAACAAUGGCAUCACUUCUUCAACUCCCUCAUUCUUUCUCGCUAUUUUUUAACUCUUCGAACCCAAAACGUCAGUUUUUAAGUUCUCCCAAAAUUGUAGCCUUACCAAGAGCCUCAAUUGAAACAAAUGGAGCCAUUGAAUCUCCAAAACCAACUCGCCGAGGCAGGAAAAAGAAACCAACCUCGCCUUCUCCAGCAAAGAACACAAGGCGCACGAGGAAAACCCAGACUGGAAAUGGUUCUAUUGAAUCUGAAACUGAGGGAGAAGAAGAGGAGUUGGGAGAUUUCGACGAUGGCAUAGAUUUUCCGUACGAGGAACCUCCGUUGAUCUGCUGCUUCGGCGCUGCACAAAAGGAGUUUGUACCCACAGUUAGAGUUAACGAACAUAAGAUGCACCCGGAUAAAUACUCUCACUGGAAAAUGCUUCAGUGGGACCCGCCAGAGUUCAGCAGGGCUCCGGGUGGGCCACCAUCCAACGUGGCAAUCUCGCACGUGAGGCUUGGAGGGAGAGCUGCAUUUAUGGGGAAAGUUGGGGAAGAUGAGUUUGGCAAUGAGCUUGUUUUGAUGAUGAAUAAAGAGAAAGUACAAACCAGAGGUGUCAAGUUUGAUGAGAAUGUUAGAACUGGGUGUACUUAUAUGAAGGUUAAGUUUGAUGAGAAUGGGAAGUUGAAGAUGGAGACUGUUAAGGAAUCUGCUGAGGACUCUCUUCUUAGCUCUGAAUUGAAUCUUGCUGUACUCAAAGAGGCUAGGAUUUUCCACUUCAAUUCAGAGGUUUUAACAUCUCCUUCCAUGCAAUUUACAGUUGUUAAAGCAAUUGCGUGGUCUAAGAAGUUUGGGGGGCUUAUAUUUUUUGAUUUGAAUUUGCCAUUGCCUUUGUGGAGAUCACGUGAUGAAACAAGGGAGGUGAUCAAGAAAGUCUGGAACAAAGCAGACAUCGUUGAGGUUUCAAAGCAAGAGCUGGAGUUUCUACUGGAUGAUGAGUAUUAUGAGAGGAGGAGAAAUUACAGGCAUCAAUACUAUGCUGAGAAUUUUGAACAAACCAAGAAUCGUCGAGACUGCUAUCAUUAUACCCGUGAGGAAAUCUCUCCACUGUGGCAUGAUGGACUUAAAUUUCUGUUUGUGACUGAUGGAACACUUAGAAUACAUUAUUAUACACCUUCGUUUGACGGUGUGGUUGUUGGAACAGAGGAUGUGCUAAUAACACCAUUCACUUGUGAUCGAACUGGUUCUGGUGAUGCUGUUGUGGCUGGUAUUAUCAGGAAGCUGACCACUUACCCUGAAAUGUUUGAAAAUCAAGAUACAUUGGAGAGGCAGCUUAGAUUUGCAAUUGCUGCAGGAAUUAUAUCGCAGUGGACAAUCGGUGCUGUGAGAGGUUUUCCUACUGAGAGUGGUGCACAAAAUCUGAAAGAACAGGUUUAUGUACCUUCAAUGUGGUAGUUGAGAGCCAUAGAACAUGAUAGCAGAAGUUUACUAUUUUUUCAAGGCAGAUUAUUAGGCUUUGUAUGUGUUGAAUAUGGAUAAGAAUUUCACGAAAUAGGAAAAUGCUGCAUGAAAUGUACAAAGCCUGAAUUCUAUUCAUUCCAUCUUAAGUGACAGGUAGGCAAGCCUUCGCUACUUGUAGAAGUGUAGGUGACGGCUGGAUUGCACAAUAUAUUCUUGUUUGAAUUGUAAUUUUUGUGAUCAGAAGUUCUCCAUCUUCACACGAUUGUUUAGCCAUUGGAAAUAGUGUAUUGUUUGAAUCUGAAAUUAUGAACCCCGUUUGCUUUUGCCUUUUUUCGUUUAAAUAUCAGAGGCAGUUAGCUUUUAUCUUUUGUUGUUUGGUUUUCAAUAAACUUUCUGCAAU